ACAAAGAAGAGACGAACUCUGAAGGAGCAAACAAAGCGAUCAGAGCCUCCCGGUGUGAUAUGAUAUCAUCAUCAUUAUUAUAUCUCUCGACGUGACGACUGUUUGUCUGCCUCUAAUGUUUCCAACCCACUGAGACCAGGGGGAUUUAUUCCUUCUUUUGUUCUUUGCUUUUUUUAUUGACUAUUAAUAAAAGCAGCCAAAACGAAUAAAUACGGGUCAUUAUGGUUUUGUUAACACUGCAUAAUAGAAGAGGGUUGAAUUGCUUGUGCGCGCAGUUCUUGCUGUGGAUUUUAUGUGCUGUGGACGGUGAGGAGCAGCAAUUCAGUGUGGAGACUUGGCUGCAGCGCUAUGGCUACCUCCCUCCCACAGACCCCAGAAUGUCCGUCCUGCGGUCAGAACAGACCAUGCAGUCUGCUAUCGCUGCCAUGCAGCGUCUCUACGGCCUUAACGUCACCGGUGAACUGGAUAAGAACACCAUUGAUGAUAUCACCAUAAGCUGGAUGAAGAAGCCACGAUGUGGGGUGCCAGACCAGUUCGGCGGUGCCUCGAAAUUUAGCGUCCGAAAAAGACGUUACGCCCUCACAGGGCAGAAAUGGCAACAUAAACAUAUCACAUACAGUAUAAAAAAUGUCACGCCUAAGGUGGGAGCGGAGGAGACCCACAAUGCCAUUCGCCGGGCGUUUGACGUGUGGCAGAACGUCACGCCGCUGCGUUUCGAGGCAGUGCCCUACAGCGACCUGGAGCGCAACAAGAAAGAUGUGGAUAUUACUAUCAUUUUCGCCUCAGGUUUCCAUGGCGAUAGCUCCCCCUUCGAUGGAGAAGGGGGUUUCCUUGCACAUGCCUACUUUCCCGGUCCGGGGAUCGGAGGAGACACACACUUCGAUUCAGAUGAGCCCUGGACUCUGGGGAACCCUAACCAUGAUGGGAACGACCUCUUCCUGGUGGCGGUACAUGAGCUGGGUCACGCGCUAGGCCUGGAGCACUCCAACGACCCCACUGCCAUCAUGGCCCCCUUCUACCAGUACAUGGACACAGAGAACUUCAGACUGCCACAUGACGAUCUGCAGGGCAUCCAGAAGAUCUAUGGACCUCCAGAUAAACUUCCCCAGCCCACAAGACCUCUACCGACGAUCCCACCGGCCCGCUCGCACCCUCCUGCAGAUCCACGCAAAAACGACAGGCAGACGCGACCCCCGCGAAUACCAACUGGCGACAAACCAAUGCACCCCAACGCCAAGCCAGACAUCUGUGACGGCGACUUCAACACGCUAGCCAUCCUCAGGAGGGAGAUGUUUGUCUUCAAGGACCACUGGUUUUGGAGGGUCAGAGAUAAUACUGUGAUGCCCGGUUACCCCAUGCUCAUUAAUGUCUUCUGGAGAGGUCUGCCACCCAAGAUUGACGCCGUCUAUGAGAACAGCAAGGGCAAAUUUGUGUUCUUCAAAGGCAAGCAGUUCUGGGUGUUCAAGGACACAAUGCUACAGCCUGGCUACCCGCAGGACAUCUCAAUGUUUGGAAACGGCAUGCCGGCGCAGAGUAUAGAGACAGCCGUCUGGUGGGAGGACGUGGCCAAGACCUACUUCUUCAAAGGAGAUAGGUAUUGGAGAUAUAAUGAAGACUUGAAAAUGAUAGAUCCUGGUUAUCCCAAGUCCAUCACUGUAUGGAAGGGUGUCCCAGAUUCUCCUCAAGGAGCAUUUGUGGACAAAGCUAAUGGUUUCACUUACUUCUACAAGGACAAAGAAUACUGGAAGUUCAACAACCACAGGCUGCGGGUGGAGCCUGGCUACCCUCGCUCCAUCCUCAAAGACUUCAUGGGAUGCGACCUCACUCCCAUCGACCCCGACAUGCAGCCGACGGAGGACGAGGAUGUGGUGAUUAAACUGGACAAUGAAGCCAGCACUGUCAAAGCCAUCGCCAUCGUCAUUCCCUGCGUCCUGGCGCUCUGCCUGCUGGUGUUGAUCUACACCGUCUUUCAGUUCAAGAGGAAGGGGACGCCCCGACACAUACUGUACUGCAAACGCUCCAUGCAGGAGUGGGUGUGAGUUACACGGCCACAAGACAUGGUGGCGUAAACACCCUAAACCUGCGGAUUUUGGCUCUCGACCCGCGUCUCGCUCAAGGAGAACAGCGAGGGCCUUUGCUUUGAUUCCCCCCUCCAGGAGACUAGGGGCGCAUUUCCUUCCAAAACUCCCUUCUCUUGUCCCAUUGGCCCCGGUGCACCCGCUGUAGGACUUGCGGGAUUGCAAGGAUCCCAUGGUGCAUUGCACCGUCCAGUGCCACUGUUUGACGUGGAAAUCGCUGAUUGCUAUACCUUUAGGUUUUACAAGUGCACGCUGAAAACAUGAAAAAAAAAAAUUAACGAAAAUGUCGCAGGAGUCGCGUUUUUUUUACUUUGCGAAUUUUCACUUGACUCCGAUCUAUUUAUUUUCAAACCGAAAUAUUUACGAUUCCCUUUAAAGCAUCCCAAACCAAAUACAGACUCCAAAGAGGAUCUUUUUUUCUUAUUUUUACUAUUUUAUUAUUAUUAUUAUUAUUAUUAUUCCCUCCCUGCUCUAAAUAUUUUGCAGUGAUAUGUAGUGGGGGAAAUUUUGACUGUUGUGGCAGUCUGUCUCAAAAACAGGGGCCAAAAUAUUCUGCAAUAUUUUAAAUUAGCCUUAAUUAUGGAUUGCGUUGUUGCUUUUGUUUCCAUUUAUUCGUUUGUUUUUAAGCGCCGCUUAAUUUGUCCUGUCGGUUCGGCAGUGCAAUAUUGCUUUGCUCCCUUUGAGAUCAAUUUGAGACCUCAUUUUUGCCAGGGGCCACACUGGAAUGGGGCAGGACUCCUUAACCUCUGCCUAACAUAUCAGUCAAAACAGAGGGAAGACCAAGCCACUGCAACGACAAAUACUAUAUCGCGUUUAUUCCGUCCGACGGUAGAAUUGCAAUGCAAAGGAAGUGCUUGAACCGUUUAUCGUGCUUAACGCUCACUCGUUUGGUCGUGUUUACACAGACAGAGAUUUGAGAAUUCGUUUCUUCCCUUUUUCCGAAAGGUUGCUGUUCGAAACAGAGCAUGUCAUCUCCUUCGGACUGCCUUGUUUUUAGGUCUGGAUGGGAUUUGAGAACCUUGAUGUUUGAACUAGAACCACCAGAGCAACUCAGGACAGCGCUUGAUUCAAAGUGUAUGCAAGCCUUCACAUCCAGUCCUGUGUCUUUACUAUCAACCGAGAAGAAAAUCAAGGAUAUAUCAUGUAACGUUUCAUCAUUGCUUGUGAUCGGAAGUUUCUGCGAAAGGAUCAGACGAUUUUUUGUUUUUACGGAGUCAGAACUUUCGGUUCAGUUCAGGUCUUGCAGUCUGACUCUAGAUCGGUCCUUUGCAUCGAACGGAUGUUAGAACAUACAGUUAUUUGCUUGCAUUAGCAUUUUUUAUGUUUGUUUUUCUUUUUAUUUUUUUUAUUUUUUUUGGCACAUUUGAAAUCAAAUGGUCUAAACCUCAACUUUAAAGUGGUACUUAAAGUGCUAAGCUGUCAUCUGGCACGUUUCUUUAGAUGUGAGAAAAAAAAAAAAAAAAACAUACAUGAUCUAAAAGAAACCAUAUGCGUGUUUCUGGCAAGCAGUGUUUGAAUGUGUGUCUGUAUUGAUGCUAGAUUUUUCUUUUUUUCCAUUUUUAUUGUUUUAAGAAAAAAAAAGG